UUCCCCCACUCUCGGCAGACCAACAAGGACAGUUUUUACAUCACGUGUGUGUACUGGAGUCACAGCCGGGCUGGGAGUUGGUGGUCGACAGAGGGCUGUGACCUGGCCGGUUACAACGCCACACACACUGUGUGUAAAGCCAGCCAUCUCUCCAGCUUUGCCAUCCUCAUGGCUCUCAAGGAGCUGCCAGCCGUGUUUGAGGUGGAGAUAAUCACAUACGUGGGUCUGAGCGCCUCUCUGCUCUGCCUGCUGCUGGCCAUCGCCACCUUCUACAUCUGCCCCUCCCUGAAGGACACUCGCUGCUGCAUCCACCGCCACCUCUGUCUCUCCCUCUUCAUGGCCGACUUCAUCUUCCUGCUGGGCAUCUCUCAGACUGGCAACCCGGUUCUGUGUGCAGUGAUCGCCGCGACGCUGCACUAUCUGUUCCUGGCGGUCUUCGUGUGGAUGUUUCUAGAAGGCGUGCAGCUCUACCUGCUGGUGGAGGUGGUGUUCGCCACCAAGGUCCCAUUCGAGCGCCACAUCUACUGGAUCGGCUACGGACUGCCUGCCGCCAUCGUCGCCACCUGUGCCGGCAUCUACGUGCACGGAUAUGGCACCCCCACCGCGUGCUGGCUCUCAACGCAACAUUACUUCACCUGCAGUUUCUUUGUGCCAGCUAUCUUCAUCUGCGUCGUAAGUUGUACCCAAAUGCCAACUACCGUGACCGUUAACCUGAUCAUCUUGUGCAGAACGCUGAUGAAAUUGUCAAACUUUAUUUCGGACCAGCCAAAAUUGAACAAGAACAGAGUGUUUACCCUGACUGCCCUUGGGCAACUGGUGAUUCUGGGCUCCACCUGGAUAUUUGGUGGAUUAUUCAUUGAAAACGCAACCAUCCCGAUGAUGUACAUCUUCAGCAUCCUCAAUAGCUUCCAGGGGAUGUUCAUCUUCAUCACGCACUGUCUCAUGAGGAAGAAGGUGAGAGAGUGCUACCAGCGGGGCUUCACAAAAUGCUUCACGAAGUGCUUCGCUGGGCCGGUUAGAUGGACACCAGUUGCUGCCUCCACCUCCUCCUCCAACCAGGUUAGGAGAAGUGUCCAGGAAACAGAGUCAACUUUGGGAGACCCCCAGUGAGGGGACGGAGGAGACGAUGGAGCGUGGUGGGCCGUCCUGUGCCAGCCAACACCCCUCACCCGCGUAUAUCCUCGCAUGCUCCCGCACCCUCACCCUCACCGGCCCAUGGGUGCCCAGGGUCACACAGAGUCACUUCUCUUUAGUCGCUGUGUUGCUCCAGUUCCUGACCCCCCCCAAGCAGUGCCGCAGGGGUUUGGCGAGGAGUUCAUCCGAGCACCCCUCUCCCCCACGUAUCUGGGGCGACACGAUGGCGCAGCGGUAGAGUUGCUGCCUCACAGCGCCAGAGA